AAAAACAGCUGUUGAUUUCUUUCAUAAACUUCAAAACUUCCUAAACGAUGUCAUCAUCUUGAAAUCUAUUUUUCUUCUAUUAUGUUAUAUUAUGGAUCCAAAUGCCACCCAUUUCGUAAAUUUCCAAGCCCUAUUAAUAGGAUCAAAGAGGAAGUUCGAUGAAAGGUGGAAACAACCGUUCGUAGAAAGAGGAAAACUGGAAGAUUUCAAAUUAAUUCAAACCCUAGGAACCGGUUCCUUUGGCAGAGUCAUGCUGGUGAAAGCAAAGAAAGACGAUAGCCCAUUUGCAUUAAAAAUGCUGGAAAAAGCACACGUUGUGAAGACCAAACAAGUCAAACACACCAUAUCUGAGAUACGCACCAUGGACUCGUUCGAUUUCCCAUUUCUGAUAAAGCUGGAGUAUUUUUUCAAAGAUAAUGUUUAUCUCUGCUUGGUUAUGCCUUUUGUAAAUGGCGGCGAGAUGUUUUCUCAUUUGAGGCAACAGAAAAGAUUUUCAGAAGAGUUGACUCGAUUCUACGCAGCACAAGUUAUUUUAGCCUUUGAGUAUAUCCACUUCUUGGGUAUUAUUUAUAGGGAUUUAAAACCAGAAAACAUCCUGAUCGAUUGCAUAGGAUAUCUGAAAAUAACAGACUACGGUUUUUGUAAAAAAGUAGACGAUCAGAGGACCUACACUCUUUGUGGAACUCCUGAAUAUUUGGCACCAGAAAUAAUACUCAGUCAAGGUUAUAACAAAUCAGUCGAUUGGUGGGCACUAGGAGUUCUUAUUUUCGAGAUGGCUGCAGGAUAUCCCCCUUUCUACGCAAGAGAUCCAAUGAAAAUCUACGAGAAAAUCGUCUCCGGAAAAUAUAUCCCUGCAAACCACUUCUCCAAGAGCUUGAAGGACAUCAUACAGAAUUUCCUUCAAGUAGAUAGAACUAAGAGGUUUGGAAUUUUAAAAGGUGGAGCCAUGGAUAUAAAGCAACACGUUUUUUUCAAAGAAAUCAUUUGGGACACAGUUUAUUAUAAGACGAUGACACCGCCUUACGCUGUUGAUGUUCCGGAAAAAGAUGACGUGAGAUAUUUCGAACAGUACACUGAAAUUCCUGUGAAAAAAUCGUCGAAAAAUUUAUUCGCAGCAGAAUUUGCCGUAAUCAGCGAUAGGUUUGUCCGCGUUCAUUGGUAGGAGACAUGAAGGAAAUAUAUGAUGAAAUAUCUUAUAGGUGACAAAAACGCAGUGACCUCCGAAUCCGAUAGUUAUGAUUUUUGGCGUCACACAAUUUUUUAUGGAGGCAAAUUCUAUCCAGCAUAACCUCAAGGCAAGAAACCCCAAAUGUA